GUGCGGAACAGUGAAAGGGUAGGAGUCCCGCAAUCCUCGGUUAUUUACAGUAGAAGGAAAUGCACUUUCUGUUUAAAUAAAAGCUCUAAGAGAUAUGCGUUUUUUUGCGUCAUUUAUCUUUCAGUCGGGUAUUUACAGAUAAGGAAACCAAGUUACAUCAGCGGCUGUAAUCCCACAUUUUACUUGAGGGCGGGUUGUAAAGGGAAAGAGCUGGCCUCGCUCCAGUGAUGUCUUCCUUGUGGCCCCUACUGGUCUCUAAUGGUACACCUCCUUUAAGCUGCUUCAGCUCCAACCAGAGCACUGUUCUCACAGGACUCGACUUUGGAGGAGUGCCAGUUGUCCUGCUGCUCGACUUCUGCGUUUUCAUCGUUUUGCUGCUGCUCUUCUCAGUAAUCAGAAAGAAGUUCUGGAACUAUGGCCGUUUGGCUCUGGUGGCGGACAAUGAAGGGUUUAACGAAUCAGGACAUCGGCGUUAUGGACGCAUGCCAUCCACUACGUCCAAUGCGGAAAACGCUGAUUAUGAGUCGGGAUUCUGCUCUUGGCUGCCAUACAUCCUCAGAAUGGAUGAGGAAAAAAUAAAAGAGAAAUGUGGCAUGGAUGCUGUUCACUACCUGUCCUUCCAGCGGUAUUUGAUAAUCCUGCUGGUGGUCCUCACUCUCACCUCCCUGGCAAUCAUUCUGCCAGUCAACAUGUCUGGAAACCUUUUCAGAAAUGAUCCUCAGAGUUUCGGAAGGACAACUAUUGCAAAUCUUUCCACUCAAAACAAUCUGUUAUGGCUCCACACUGUGUUUGCCAUUAUCUACCUGUGCCUGACGGUUCUGUUUCUGCGAUUGCACACGUCCCAAAUGCAAGGCAUGCCCAGAGAAAGAGCCAGAAACACCCUGUUCGUGUGUUCGAUACCCAAAAGAGCAACAGAGGAACAAGUAAAAACUCACUUCACGGAGGCAUAUCCUUCUUGCCAAGUGUGCGCAGUGACGCUGGGCUACAAUGUGGCCAAACUCAUGUACCUUGAUAAGGAAAGGGUGCGAGCUGGGAAAAACCUGCGGUAUUACGAGCGUGUCCUGGACAAGACCGGCGUGCGUGAGCUGAUCACCCCUCGUUUAUGUGGCCACCUCUGCUGCUGCCCCAGCUGUGAAAAGGUUGAUGCCAUAGAAUAUUACAGGCAUAAAGAAAAGCUGCUGCUGGAAGACAUGAGACGGCAUGCAGAAGUACCACAGGAGCCUCUGGGCAUCGCUUUUGUCACAAUGCAGAAUGAGGCAAUGGCAAAGUACAUCCUAAAAGACUUCAAUGCAAUCGAUUGCGGAGGGGCAACGUACUGCUGCGGGAAGGAGCCUCAGCCGUCGUCUGUCAGCAGAGAUCUGAAGGUGAAGAAGUGGCGGGUCAGCUUCGCUCCACAUCCUAAAAGCGUGUACUGGGAGAACCUUUCGGUGCGCGGUUUCUGCUGGGUCAUCCGCUGGGUGGGAAUAAACCUCCUCCUGUUUAUCCUGCUCACCUUCCUGACGACUCCCACCAUCAUCAUUAACGUCAUGGACAAGUUCAACGUCACCAGCCCAAUCCACAAUCUUAACAGCCCUAUCAUUAGCCAGUUCUUCCCAACUCUUCUGCUUUGGUCUUUUUCUGCAUUGCUGCCUACGAUAGUGUACUACUCUACGCUUGGAGAGGCACACUGGAGCAGGUCCAGUGAGCAGCUGAGCAUGAUGCGCAAGUUGUACUUCUUCCUGAUCUUCAUGGUACUUAUUCUUCCCUCGCUGGGACUCACCAGCCUUGCAUGGUUUUUCCGCUGGCUGUUUGAUAAAACAUUUAUAGAUCAAGGGAAAACAAGAUUUGAGUGUGUGUUUUUACCGGAUCAAGGGGCGUUUUUCGUGAACUACGUGAUCGCGGCCGGCCUGGUUGGCUCUGGGAUGGAGUUAUUGCGGUUGCCAGGGUUGCUGCUUUACGCCAUACGUUUGAUGGUUGCUCGCUCUGCAGCAGAAAGAAAAUAUGUACAACAGCAUCAAGCGUAUGAGUUUGAAUACGGAGCGAUGUACGGUUGGAGUCUGUGUGUGUUUACUGUCAUCAUGGCUUACAGCAUCAUUUGCCCCAUCAUUGUGCCAUUUGGGCUCCUUUACAUGUUGCUCAAGCACCUGGUGGACAGACACAACCUGUUCUUUGCAUACCUACCUACUCGCCUUGACCGCAAAGUCCACCUUGGAGCUGUUGAUCAAGCUCUAGCGGCGCCGAUCAUCUGCCUGAUAUGGCUUUACUUCUUCUCCGUCCUGAGAGGAGGUCCUUCAGGUUUCAAGACCCCUUUGUCUAUAUUCACCCUAGCCGUCCUGUGUUUCACCAUCUUCAUCUGUUUGGGCUUCACGUGCUUCGGCAACUUUAAGUACCUCAGUCCACAUAACUAUGCGGUCAAAGAGGAGGACGAGGAUACAGUAGAGGGAGUGGAAGAAAAUUCUAAGGUUUACCUUCCCAGAGUGCUUGAUACCCAAUCACCAGCCAGUACCACAAAGGAACCCAAACAUCAACAGUCUUAUGGCUCCUUAGAAGACAGCAUUCCCGAGGGCUUCAGCCCAGUGGAGAGCACCAUGACAGAUGCGUAACUUCACGGGAUCUUCUGAGUCACACCGUAGAAACAAAGAUGCCUGUAAUUCCCCAGAGUCCUACAUCCCUCUUGGAUCUCACCACAGACUGUCCCAGUGACGUUCGCUGUACAAACAACAAUCCAAUGUUCUUACCGUCUGCUGUGAUUAAUUGCAUGGACACUGUUGGUUUUAAAGUGCUGGUUUAUUAGAAAGAAAAUGUUGUUAGGGGUUUUAUUUAAUACUUGACUGAUUAUUUUUGCACCUGAGCGCCAUAGGUCGCUCACAUCCUGUUUGAGACCUUUUGGGAGAGGCCCAAAUUUUUUACAUUUUGACAAAAACUGCCGUUCAGAACAAGAAAAAAAAAAAAGGAAAGAACACAGUCCUUGCUACUUGCACAUUUUAAACCUGCAACAUAGUACCAAAGAGCUGGAUGAGCACAAGUAAAUAGUUUUGCCCUUCAAUGGAAGGAUUUUGUACUGCACUUUUUCAAUCUUUUAUGUUUGCUAAAAUGAUUGUUGUUUUUGUAUAAUUACUGAGACAAGGAAGCAAAGUCUUUUACAUUUUCCAAGUAUGCCAUAAGGUUUGCAAGUUAACGUUUUGUUGCAGCAAUGCAUCACUUUUCUAUUUAAAGGUAAAAAGCCAUAUUUUACAUUUUAAAGAAGGAAUGAUUCUUUUACCCAGAGGAAUGUUUAGCUGCAAUGAAUGUGAUUGUUUUUUUUUUUAUGUUUGUUGAAGGAUCUCUUCAGACUUGCGUUUGCAUUCGGUGAAGGAGUUCAGUGUUAGCAUUUUAUUCCAUUUUAAACUCAAGGAACAACAUAAUGCGUUAUGUGCUUGUCUUGUCACUGGGGGGCACUGGUGGGCUGUAGUAAAAAUGUGUGUCCUCUGAAAUAUUCAUAAAGCUGUAACAAAAAGGUCAAACCCA